CUAACCACCAUACCUCUACAUACCAGUACCACAGCCUCCCACCUAUUCCUCCGACAUCAAACAGCAGCACCAAUGCCUCCCCCCAGAGAACUUCCGCAUAAGGGCAAAAAGCGAGCAAGAGACGGAACCCAGAAGCCUUCGAAAACUGCCGGAAGCCUCCAACCCCAAUGCGCCCAACCCACCGACUCCAGCGUCUCGCAAUCCAAAAAGCCUCAGAGCAAGCAAUCCCAAUCCGAGUCCUCAAAACCCCUUCCCACAUCAACAAACCAGCCCUCGAACGCCUCACAACGAAGACAGAAACGACCUCGCCUGCCGAACAACACCGAAAUAACCAAACGCCCCCUCCUCCGCCCCGCCAUACCCUCCCCCUUCGCCUCCGCCGCAUCCCCCAAAAUUGUCUACCUAAAACCCACCUCGCCCUUCGUGCCCGCCACCAAACGCGUCCGCGCCCUCCUCUCCGAGAUAGAAAAGCGGCACCGGCAGUCUCUCGCGGCGCAGAAGACCAAGGGGUUAGGCGCGAGGGACGCACUGGCGGCGAACGGGCGGUUGGAUCAUAAGGCUGUGGAGCGGGCGAUUGCGGAGGGGAGUGAGAGUCGCGGUGGGGGAGGGAAGCGGGGGAUUGGGGAGGAGGAGGUGUUUGUGAAGGCGUCCGGGAAGGCGAUUCCAAGGGCGCUGGCGGUGGGGAAUUGGUUUCAGAGGGAGAGGGAUUGCGUGGUUAGGGUUGAGAUUGGGAGUGUGAGUGCGAUUGAUGAUAUUGAGGUUAUACCUACGGUUAAGGAUGCUACGGUUGGAGAGGCGAUGGAUGUGGAUGGGGAGGUGUCUGCGAAGGGAGGUGGAAGUACGGCACAGGUUGCGGAUGAUGAUGAUGAGGUGCCGGAAACUAGGAUUCGGACGUUGAGUACUGUUACUGUAGCUAUCAGCCUGAGAUCGUAGCCCACUAGAAAGUGGGCGAUCACCAAAAAUAAGAUACCCAGGUGGUUACACCACCAUCGUUCAGUCAUGAAACAUGUUUU